GUCACCUGACCUCUGACCAAGCAGCCUUCAAGAUUUACCACCACAUACACCUGGGUAAUUGAUCGGAAUGUAACAUAGUCUACUUCAAGAAAUACUCCACAUGAACCACUCGCCUUUCCUUGAAGCAGACCGUCUACAGACCUCAUGUAUUCACAGCUAACAUUGCACCUAUCGACCAUUCACCAAGUGGAGAACGUACGAGGCUCGACCCAGCUCGGCACCAUUAUUGCUUGCCAGCACAUCCUUGCUUCACCGCUUGGUUUUACCGAGCCGCCUCGACAUCAUCCUGAUAUCGCGUCGCUACAUACAUACUCGAGCAACUCCGGCUACCCAGACACCUCGCACAUCCCUCAUGUCCCUCCUCACACAGCCACCAUGUCCUCCAAGCUCGACCAAAUCGUCAAAGGCGCGCCUCCUCCGAAUCUCAGCGCGCCGCAGCUAGCAGCCUCCGCAUCGGCCAAUGCCCGCCUCGCUACCCUCAAAACACCUCGACCGCCGCACCCGCCCUCAGACCCUACCUCCUUGCUGCCCUCCUCUCCGCCGCAGAUCUACUUGAACCUCCUCAUCCUCGAAGCCUCCCUCCGGAGCCAAUUCCUCACGCUGCGCGCCCGCCGCCGCCAAAACACCUUCGUCCUGACCCUCCUCACCCUCUGGAUCCUCUGGUUCACCUACGCCCUCUUCCUGCGGCCGCGCGAAGACGGCACCGGCGUCGGCGGCUCUGUCUACUGGGUCGUCGACAUGGCCGAGAAAGUCGCCUUCAUGGGCGGCGUCAUCACCGCCAUCCUCUUCUGGGCCACCGGGCAGUGGGAGCGCGGCGUGCGCUGGCCGCGGCGCUGGAUCGGCGUCGCGAACCGCGGCCUGCGCGGCAUGAACUGCAAAAUCGUCGUCAUGAAGGGGCCCUGGUGGAUCGAGGCGCUCAGCCAUCUGAGCUUCCUGAUGCCGUGGGAGCUGGUGUCCGCGAAUACCCCCGGCGGGAAUUACCACUAUAUCAAUUUCGCCCAGGAGAAGAAGGAGCAUUUGAGUGGGGAGGGCAGGCCGAGGAGUAUGAUGACCGAGCAUGGGCAGGAGUAUGCGGAAGAGGAUGUUAGUUCGGGUGGGGAUUAUGUGAAGUUGUUGUUGCUGCCGAAGCCAUUUACGCCGGAUUUUAGGGAGAAUUGGGAGCUGUAUCGGACGGAGUAUUGGGAGAAGGAGAAUGAACGGCGGGCGGAGCUGAGGAAGAGAGUGAAACGGCGACAGCGGGAGAUUGCGAAGGAGGAGGGCGGGUGGUUGUGGUGGACUGGGUGGAGAGGCUGGAAGAAGGCGAGAGGUGUUGGAGGCAGGCUGGCUGAUAUUGAGAAGAGCCAUCAUCAUGGGCACGGGCAUAGUCGCAGUCUCUCGACACAGAACUCGCUCAAGAACAAAUCGAGGAGAGCGAGUUUACUCAAGGAUCGGGGCAGAGACGGUUCGCAUUCUCGGUCUUCAUCUCGCAGCACCACACCGACACCAGAGAUUGAUGAACGUGCUGCGAAGAGCAGUCUAGAAGAGAGGCAAAGGAGAUGGAGCAAUAGUACAACAGGCAGUACUUCCGACAGGCGGAGAAAGAAGCCCACGUCUUCAGUCGGAAUGACCUCGGCCGGGAGACCAGUGAGACUUACCCCAGCGGGAUCGAGACCUCAAACACCGAAUCUUGGGACGUCAAUGGAGAUGGCCAGCAAGAGAACCUCCACUCUGAGCACUGCAGAGAGCUUGUCCGGUACAGAAGGAGAAAGCCCUGGAGCAGUUCUGGAUGAGAGACAUAUAGCACCCUCGGCAUAGCUUGUAUAGCCAUUUACGAAAUUACUCAAUCUACGAAUGUACAUACGUCACUAUUUGGUCCAUUAUUCGAAACCAGUGACCUGUCGGUUUGAAAGAAUCUGAUUAUCACUGGAGCAAUUAUGUCACAUGAUCAUGGGGGGAAAAGGAUUACUCUGGGGGGAGAUUAUUCAUUGAAAGUUCAGUCAAGAUCUACAAACAAACUCGAAAGAUAUGAGACCUAGGUGCCUCUUCGGCACCAAGAGUGGGAAGAGAAAACAACAGAUCUGUUUCACCAUCCCACAUCAACUCAUAUACGCCCUCCAAGGAUCGGGCGGUGGUUCAGGCCCCCGAUAUCCGUCGAUGCCUAGGUUGAAUGUGUGAGAUGGCACGAGAGGAGGUAUCGGCGGCCUUGUAUCGC